GCCAAAGCUAUGCAUAAAAGUUUUCUAAUGUUUCGGCAGUUCCAAAACAAAUUAUAUAUCUUCGUGUGAGCAGUCUCUGCCCCUCUGUUUUUUUAACCCAGACAAAUGGAUAAGCACCCUCCACAUAAGGCAAAGAUCUCCACAAUCACAAGUACAACCUCUGAAGAAGUGACCAGUACUGUGUGGCAAUUCAUAGACAUGAGCGAGCAGGAGGAGGAUCUCAUUCGCAGGAUGUACGGGCUAGUCGGGGAUAGGUGGGAUUUGAUAGCUGGUCGCAUUCCAGGUCGUAAAGCAGAAGAAAUAGAGAGAUUCUGGAUUAUGAGACACGGCGAUGGUUUUUCUCAUGGAAGAAAGGAACGUAAUGCCAAAGACUCGUGAUUUUCUCGGUUCAAUUAUCUUUCCUGGGCAUUAUUUUGGUACAUAAAAUCUGUUUUGGUUUUUUCAUAACUAUCUUCCUUUGUAUUCCCUCUUGUGGAACACUUUCAUUAAUUCGGCACAAAUGUCUCAUUAAAGCUAUGGAAAGAGUUUGCAUUUUAGUUC